AUGGAUCCUUUCUCAGCAGAGGGCGAGCUCCUCAACAUUCACAAUGCCUUCCACUCCGGCCAAUACCAGAACGUGAUCGACUUCGACACCGCCGCCCUCUCCUCCGAGAACCAGCUCCCCGCCCGUGUACUCAAGCUCCGCGCCCAGAUUGCCCUUGGUCAAGCCAAGGAAGUGAUCGCUGCUGUCUCCAGCGAAGAGGAUACCCCCGACCUCGCCGCAACCAAGGCGUUGGCCCAGCAGACCGCAGGCAACACCGACGCCGCCCUCCAGCUCGCUCAAGACCUCGCCGAGAACUACCCCGAAAAUGCCACCGUGCAAGUGCUCGGUGGCACAGUGCUGCAGGCUCAUGGAAACAGCGAGGAAGCAUUGGCGCUGCUGUCCAAGCACCAGGGUAACCUGGAGGCUGUCGCCUUGAUUGUCCAGAUUCACCUUCAGCAAAACCGUACAGACCUCGCCCUUAAGGAAGUCCAGGCCGCCAAGCGCUGGGCACAGGACUCCUUGCUGGUCAAUAUGGCCGAGUCCUGGGUUGGCAUGCGAGUUGGUGGCGAGAAGUACCAAUCCGCUUUCUACGUCUACGAGGAGCUGGCCUCUGCUCCUAGCACCUCCGCCCCGCUCUCCAUUGUCGGCCAGGCCGUCGCUGAACUCCAUCUCGGUCGUCUCCCGGAAGCCGAGGCUGCUCUCACUGCCGCUCUGGAGCAAUAUUCCGAUAAUGCCGAGCUGAUUGCCAAUGCCAUCGUACUGAACGUGUUGGCGGGCAAGCCCAGCGCAGACCUGGAGGCAAAGCUACAACAGUUGCAGCCCUCCCACGCCCUCCUCGCUGACAUCCAGGAGAAGAGCGAAUUCUUCGAUGCCGCGGCCGCCAAGUACUCGCCAAAGGUGUCCUCAUAG